AUGUAUCCAACUUUUUGCAGUAAAGCUCGCGAAACCGUACUUGCGAUGACUGCAGCCCUAUCUUCUGAAGCCGACUCGGAAAUAGACAUAUCUAAUUGGGCAUCGCGGUAUGCUCUUGACGUGAUCGGUCUUGCGGGCUUCGGAAAAGACUUCGGAGCUAUCAAAAACGAGUCAAACUCUCUUGUGAAAGCCUUUCAUAGCAUGUUUGACGUCACAAAGCAAAAGCGAGUUCUUUUCUUUCUUGGCUCUCUGCUCCCUUGGAAGCUUGUGAGGAAGCUUCCUCUGAAACAAAACGAGGAAUUCUCAGGGGCCAUCCAGACUAUUCGCCGCAGCUACCUUCUCUCAAUUGCUAUGGGAAAUGGUCUCUUUACUGACGAAGGUCUUAUCGAUCAAGUCAUGACUUUCUUAGCGGCUGGACAUGAAACUACAGCCUCGGUCUUGACCUGGGCAAUCUACGUCCUUGCUCUUCAUCCUAAGAUCCAACAACAACUCCGCGAUGAGAUACGAAACAACCUGGAGCCUCUUCAUGCUGGCUCAGACUAUUCAGCUGAAUCAUUCAGUCGCUUGCCUUUCCUAUACGCUGUCUGCAAUGAAGUGCUCAGAAUGUUUACCCCAGUCCGCCUCACCAUGCGAGAAGCUACUCGUGAUACUUUUCUCCAAGAUAUAGCCAUCCCUCGCGGCACGAAAAUAAUGAUCUCAAGCUGCGCCACAAAUAUGGAUAAAAGCCUUUGGGGCCCCGAUGCCACUGAGUUCAAUCCUCAUCGGUGGCUCGACGUGGAUAGCGAAGGAAAAUUGAAAGUCAAUGGUGGAGGCGGUGCUGGAAGCAACUAUGCCAUGCUUACUUUCCUACAAGGUCAUAGGAUGUGUGUUGGGCAAGCAUUCGCGAGAGCAGAGUUUGCUUGUAUGCUUGCGGGCUGGGUUGGGCGGUUCGAGUUUGUGAUGAAAAAUGAAGAAAUGGCGGAUAUGAGCAAGAUAAAGAUUGCGAGUGGUAUAACUGUCAAACCUGCAAAUGGCAUGCGGGUGUCUGUGAGGCCAGUUUCAGGGUAUUAA